UGUAGACAACCGUGUGGCUGACUUCCACUCGUAAUAUAAUAUUGUAAAUUAUUAUUGUAGUAAAAUUUAAUUACGUGUUAUUAUUUCUUUAGAAUGAGUAAUAUUUACAUACAAGAACCUCCAACUUCAGGCAAAGUUGUUCUCAAAACAUCGUUUGGAGAUAUCGAAGUAGAAUUAUGGUCAAGAGAAGCUCCAAAGGCAUGUAGAAACUUCGUUCAACUUUGUCUAGAAGGAUAUUAUGAUGGUGUUUUGUUUCACCGUAUUGUCAAGGACUUUAUUGCUCAAGGAGGGGAUCCAACUGGUACUGGAGCUGGUGGUGAAUCAAUUUAUGGUCAACCAUUUAAAGAUGAAAUACAUUCACGGUUGCGAUUUAAUCGCCGUGGAUUGGUGGCUAUGGCAAAUGCUGGCAAAGAUGACAAUGGAUCUCAAUUUUUUUUCACCUUGGGUUCUUCCCCGGAACUUCAGUCUAAACAUACUAUAUUUGGAAAAGUUGCCGGAGAUACCAUUUAUAAUUUAACUAAAUUAAACGAAGUUCUUGUGGAUAAGGAAGAAAGACCUAUUUAUGAGCAGAAAAUAUUAAAAACUGUUGUACUCAAUAAUCCUUUUCCGGAUAUUGUUCCUAGAAUUGAAAAAAAAAUUGACAAAUCUGAAAAAGGAACCAAAAAAAAAGAAAAAAAUAGUGGUGUUAAAAAUUUUAAGCUAUUAUCAUUUGGCGAAGAGGCAGAAGAAGAUGAAGAAGAAUUAGUUGAAGUAGUUAAAGAAUUUAGUGGUCGUCCAAAGUCAACUCAUGACGUUCUUAAAGACCCUCAACUUAGUGCCGAGCCUGCUGUACCAGAUAGUUCAUUGAAAGAAGAUUUAAAAGAUCUAUCUGAAGAUAACUCUACUAAGAUAAAUAUAGAUGACAUUCGAUCAAAAUUAUCGUCUAAUAAAAAGAAAAAAUCAAAUAUUUCAAUUCUAGUAGAUCCGCCAAAAGAAGAUGAAAUUGAUGACUAUGAAUUUGGAAAAGAACUAAAUGAUGAAAAGAAAAAAAAAGCAGAAGAAAUUCGUCGAGAAAUUAAAGAACUCAAAGGACAAUUAUCAAAAAAAAAGAAAGGUGAUAAAACAGAAAAAGACCUAAAUGAGAAACCAAAUAUUAAUGAAUUGGAACCAUCAACAAAUCCUCUAAAACAAGAUUAUUUAGAUACUAUAAAAUUAUAUUCAUCUAAAAAAGAAAAAAUACCAAAAAAAGGUACAAGUAGUAGAGAGGAAUUAACUCUUAAUCUAUUGAAUCAGUUUAAAGAUAAAUUACACAGUAUUAAAAAAUCUACAGAUAAAGAGGAUCAUACCAAAGAUACAAAACACAAUGACGAUGAUAAUUGGUUAGGCCAUACACUUCAUUGUGAAGAAAAAAAUCCUGUAUUAGCCAAAGACGCUAAUAAGAAAGAUGAUGAUUGGUUUGAAAUAUAUGAUCCAAGAAGUGCACUUAAUAAAAGAAAACGAGAUGUAAGUAAAAAAGAUUCAAAAACUGAUAAAGAUAAAAAAAUUAAGCAUUAGUGCAUUGUAAUGUGUUUUUUUAUGACAUAAAUACAUAGUCAUGGUCUCUUUUUCUUAACAUUUAUAAACU